GCCAAUAAACGUCCCUUUUGUUGUAGUUUGACGGGGAGCCGUGGAAAACACACCACCACACCGCACCCUGUCAUUUUUCUCGCCAGAUCACAGUUAACUUUCAACUCGACUUAAAGUAACCUCUCUAUUUUUUAAAAAAUAAAUCAUGGCAGCGUUAGCCACAAAUUCGAAGACUUCAUUUCAACCGGAGUCUGACGUUCACAUCACCUAUGAAGACCAGCAAAUGAUUAACAAAUUUGCACGACACAAUGCUAAGUUGGAUGAACUGAAAGAAGAAAUCAAAACUAAAAAGGAGUAUCUAACAAACCUCCAAGAUGCCUGUGAUGAACUUGCCCUACUGGAAGGUGAUGUUGAAAAAGUACCCUUCUUUAUGGGGGAAUCCUUUAUAACUCAAAACUUUGAAGACACUCAGAGCUCCCUUGAAGAAGCAAAAUCUCGAGCAGAGUCAGAAAUGGCAGAAAUAGAUCAGAAAUGCGGAGACAUUAAGGAAAUUAUGUCAGAUCUCCGUGCCAAGUUAUACGCUAAAUUUGGAAAUCAUAUCAAUCUAGAAGCUGACGAUGAUUGAGUCAAUGCGAGAUUUGUUUAUUGUUUUACUUACACAAUUGUUUCAUUAAUCUAUUUAUCUAAUUCACAAACAUCAAUAAGGACUUCAAAGCAUUUUGUUCAUCUUGAACUCAUCAGAACUGCAAUAAUUACAACUGAUUCAAUAAAUAUUUAACUGUUCUAAUA